AAUCGUUCGAAGUCACGCACAAAGCGCAAUGGCUUAUAAGCAAAUACUGCGUUCUGAUCUUCAGGAUCUUCUGGAUAAAUACAGAGAAAUACGCGAUAAAUAUACCGCGCUACACAUUUUUAGCGAGAUGCAGCAAAGAUCCUUAAAAUGCGAGCGCGAAAAAUUGCAACAGAUAAAGAAUAAAUUUAAGAAUUUGCUUCGCUGGUUAAUGAAACGCGAGGAACGGUACAAGACAUCCUUGGAUCGCUUGGAAAAGGAGAACGAACAACUGCGCUGUGUCCUAGCCGCUACACAACGAGAACGUGAACGAGAUGAACUCUUAAACAAUGACAAAGUUUCUAAAUUGCAGGACGAAAUCGAUGUUUUGCGCGUGCAAUUAGUACAGUUCGAGGAUAAGCACAAACAGCAAUUAAUGUCCCAAGAUAAACGUUAUGAGGACGAGAUUUUGAAGUACAAACGUCUUUUGGAUAGCGCCAAUGCAAAAUUGCUUUUGAAUCAAAAUAUACCCUCAAAGAAAGUUCAAGGAAUGAAGAAAAGAUCGUGGAACGUAGAACAUCCUGCUCUUAUAAAUGAUGAAAAUAUGGAAAGAAAGAUAAACCAAAAAGUCAAGUAAGAAAAAUUAUUUUGUUUAAAUUCGGUUUUUUAAAUUUAGAUAAUUAUUAAAUUAUUCUCGAAAACAUAAUUUUAAUAUUUGAAAAUUUAUGUAACUAUAUUAUAUUAAAAGAUUUUUUUUAAAAUUCUCUGAUGGAAAAAUUUAAUAAUAUAAAAUUACGAUUUUUUUAAGAUGGCCUGC